UUGACGUACAAUUUUAUCUGUCAAAAUUAUUUAAGAAAAAGAAAAUACUGAAAAAAAAUUAUAUUUUUCAAAAAUUCAGUAAUUUUGAAAAAUAUAAUCAAUAUCCUUAUUGGGGAAACGAUAUAAAUCAAUAAUUGGUUCAGUUAUUUGGUCUUAAUAUCUCUUCAAAAUGGUUAUCACCAAUGACAUCCAUCUACCCAGUGAGGAGGAACUUACAGUUCAGGAACUGAAUCUAUCCACUGCAGCCCUAAGAGCUGGCUCAUUUCAUCUUGGAAAGCAUUGUGAAUUUCAGAAUAAUGAAUUCAUGUUAUGUCGACAAGAGCUAGACGAUCCGAGAGCUUGCAUUAACGAAGGCAAAGCUGUUACCGGUUGUGCUCUAGAUUUCUUUCGCAAGGUAAAGAAAACUUGUUAUGAAGAAUUCAUGCAAUAUGCAACUUGUCUAGACAAAAGCAGUGGUAACCAAGCUUUUGGACACUGCCGCAAAACUCAAGGUGUUUUGGAUAAAUGUGUUUUGGAUAAUAUGGGCAUCGAAAGGCCAGAUUUUGGAUACUUUACUCGAGCAAGAAUUCACGCAACCGCACGUCCACCUCCACCACAAAAGGAAAAGACAGUCUAUCCCGAUGCAACUCCUGGUCUGCCAGACGAUUUCCCAAGACCACCAGCCAAAUAUGGUUCCCGUUUCCACUUCCUCGAAUAAGUUUGUUAUAAUUUAUUGAGUAAGUAUUUUUGUUGCAAAAGCAGAAUUCCUUCGGGAUUUCUUGAAUAAAAUUCACUUGAUUAGAAA